AAAAUAGUUUCCUGUUUAUUAUUAUAACAUGCAUAAAUUGUUAUCAUCCUUUUUAUAAUUACAAAAAUAAUAAACACAUGUCAUCAUCGAUGAAUCCACGCCCACUACGAAUGAUAUGCAGAUUUUUCUUAUUAUUGGCCUGAGUUUUGAAUUGAAGUAAAGUUGACAGCGUCAGCAUGCAAAGAAUCAUCCCCAAAUCGAUUUUCUUUCUGUGUUUCAAUUUGUUAACACUAAUUUCCCCAUGUCAAUCUCGAUUCCUGCUUCCUCGCUGUGAUGACAGCAAUGGCAAUUACACAUCAAACAGUACAUACCAAACAAAUCUCGAUUCCGUCCUCUCAUCCCUCGUCCCCGCCGCCGCUACCACCACCUACGGUUUCUUCAACCGAUCCGCCGGUCAACCACCAGACACAGUCAACGCAAUCGCCUUGUGCAGAGGCGAUGCUGACCUAGAUACCUGUCGCAGUUGCAUAAAUGAUGCAAAUGUAAGUGCGAGAGAUCUUUGCCCUAACCGGAAAGGAGCAACGGUUUGGUACGACGAUUGUAUGUUGAGGUAUUCCGGUGACACGAUUUUGCAAAAUCUGGAUAGUACUAAUGGCGGAUUUAUUUGGACUCCUGACAAUAUUCCGAAUUCUAAUGAGUUGUAUCAGGCGAUUAGACCCUUGAUGGAUAGGCUUAAAUCCGAAGCUGCCGGAGGAGAUUCAGUUCGGAAAUUCUCCUCCGGUAGUACCUUCGGGCCGGGAUUUACCACCAUCUAUGGGCUUAUGCAGUGUACACCUGAUUUACCAGAGGAUCAAUGCUAUAGUUGCUUAGAAACCGCGACCAACACGAUUCCUAAUUGUUGUAAUGCCAGUUUAAAUGUUCGAAUUCUUUAUCCUAGUUGCAACCUUCGGUACGCGAAUUCGCGUUUCUUUAACUCCACCGUGGUUUUUCCACCACCGCCGGUAGAAGCUCAGCCGCGGUCACCGCCACCAUCGUCACCACCACCACCACCUCCAAGCAAGAGUAGUAAGACGACUGUUAUUGUUAUUGCCAUCGUUGCAACCGUUAGUUCUGUGAUAUUGGUCUCCGUUUUCGUUUGCAUAUUCAUACGAAGAAAAAGGAAGCCGGAAGGACAGCUAUCGGAGAAUUCAGUUCAUGAGCAUGGAGGUAUCGACGAAAUUACCACAGCCAAAUCAUUGAUAUAUAGCUUUGGUGUGGUUAGAGCAGCAACAAAUAACUUCUCACAUGACAAUAAGCUUGGACAUGGUGGAUUUGGAGUGGUUUACAAGGGUAAGUUACCAAAUGGAAAAGAAAUAGCAGUGAAGAGGCUAUCUAGUGAUUCGGGCCAAGGUGAAGAAGAAUUCAUGAACGAGGUUUUAUUACUUGCAAAGCUCCAACACCGAAAUCUGGUUCAGCUUCUAGGGUUUAGCCUAGAAGGUUCCGAACGACUUUUAAUGUAUGAAUUCGUACAAAAUGCAAGUCUAGACAAAUUCAUAUUUGAUUCAACUAAACGUGUGACUCUUGAUUGGGAGGGACGAUACAAAAUAAUAGGAGGUAUUGCAAAGGGACUUUUGUAUUUACAUGAAGAUUCGCGAUUAAAGAUAAUUCAUAGAGAUCUGAAAGCUAGUAAUGUUUUGUUGGAUGCACAAAUGAUUCCCAAAAUUGCGGAUUUUGGUAUGGCGAGGUUGUUCACACCUGAAGAAACACAAGCCAACACAUGUCGAAUUGUUGGAACCUAUGGAUACAUGGCACCUGAAUAUGCAUUACAUGGUCAAUUUUCGGUUAAAUCGGAUGUUUUUAGCUUUGGUGUACUGUUACUCGAGAUUGUAACGGGUCAUAAGAACCAUAGUUUCCAAAACGGAGUGGUGAUAGAAGAUCUUCUUAGCCAUACAUGGAAAAGUUGGAGAGAUGGAAAUGCUUCGAAUUUGAUUGAUCCAACAUUGAGAGAUGUUUCUGAUUCUAUACGUGACAUGAUUAGAUGCAUUCAUAUCGGGCUAUUAUGCGUUCAAGAAAAUGCUUGUGAUAGGCCAACAAUGGGUUCUGUGGUUCUCAUGCUUAGUAGCUCUUCUCUAUCUCUUCCAGUUCCUUCAGAGCCUGCCUUUUUCGUGAAUACCAUUGCUAAUCUCCAAAAUUAA